AUGUCGGUCGGCGUCCGGGAUGUCAGGUACGAGGUUGCUGCUGGUGGGUUUGAGGCGGAGAGUCCCCGGAGCCUGCCCCUCGGCGCUCUCCAUACAACCUCUGACCACUUCCUGUUUUCCGACUUGAAAGGAAACGGAGAGUGUGCCAGGGUUCAAGCGCAGGCUUCCUUUUCCCGCAGCUUCACCACCCCGGAAGCCCCGAAGCCCCGGCCUCGAUGCUCAGACUGGGCGAGUGCCGUGGAGGAAGAUGAAAUGAGGACCAAGGUGAACAGGGAGAUUGCCAGGUAUAAAAGAAAACUCCUCAUAAAUGACUUUGGAAGAGAAAGGAAAUCAUCAUCGGGAAGUUGUGACUCGAAGGCAUCAUCGCCUGCAGUGCCGGCCGACCUGGAGACGGAUGAGAGCGUCCUGAUGAGGAGACAGAAGCAGAUUAACUACGGGAAGAACACCAUGGCCUACGACCGCUACAUUAGAGAGGUCCCCAGGCACCUUCGACAGCCUGGCGUUCACCCCAAGACGCCCAACAAGUUCAAGAAGUAUAGUCGGCGCUCGUGGGACCAGCAGAUCAAACUCUGGAAGGUGGCCCUGCAUUUUUGGGACCCUCCGUCUGAAGAAGGAUGUGCUUUUCAAGAAAUACAUCCCGUGGACCUCGGGGAAAUGGAGACGGAAUCCACAGAGAGCAGCUCCGAGUCCCAGGCCAGCUCUCAGGAUAAUAACUCCGACGUGUUCUCGGGCACACCCACCAAGGUGAGACACGUGGACUGCCAGCUGGAGGACGAGUUUGACCUGGAAGCGUGUUUGACAGAACCCUUGAAGGACUUGUCAGCCAUGAGCUAACCGGCGCCGGCCACGCGGCGGCUGCAGCGAGCAAGUCGCCUCAACCUGGCCAGGUGCAGGCCCGCCGAGCACGUGCUGCGCGCUUGUCACACUGCGGGGCUCCUGUUAAUAGUUUAUUCUCACGUGAAUUGCGAUCCUGCCUUAUUUUCUUACAAGACAAACUUAUGUACAUUGAGUGUAUUUUGCAUGUUUUAAAUUGUAAAUGCAACUAAAUCCAAUGAAAAUUGACUUUGACGGACUGCUUGGUCCCCGCUCUCCCCAGUCCACCCGACAGGCACCUGAGCCAUUUCCACCGUGUUUCAGACGUCAAGGUGCUGCUGGGGGGUGCACAGGUGCUGGUGUGGGUUUCACUGUGCAGGGACCGGUCUCGACCAGCUUUCUUACUGAUGUCUGAGUUUUCUUACAGUGGGGUCCUUUAAUUAAUAUCUUUAUGGAAACUUAAUUUUUGGCCUUUUUGUCAAUAUGUUAAGGUGACUUUUUCCUGCAUACAGAGCACUAACUAGUCAAAGAUGCUAACGUAGUAGUUUUAUGUAAGUUGUGCAGCCUAGAUUGGGUACUUGUAAAUAGCCAGCAGGCCUUCUACCAAUGAUCCUCCAAGAGUUAAGGCAGCAAAGGGAUUUAGAAAGACCGUUUUACAGUUAACUUACCAUGUGAAAUUGCUGUGAAUGGUAAUGUGUGCAGAUUUUCUGUUCAAAUACUCAGUUGUCAGCUUCUUGUGGAGACUGUUGUUUUUACUGCUUUUGUAUGGAAUGAAAUCACAGAAGUAAAACCUCUGACUGACCGCACUGCCAGAUGA